GGGUUUAGGGAAGGAUAGCCCACGAAUUGGCGCCCACACGUGGGGCCCGACCCGUCUUGCCGCACUCCCGAGGGCACUGACAGAAAAGUAUUUGUAGUGUUGUUAGUAGCAUUUGUCGCCCGUGCCCUUCGCUCGCUGUCGCUUUUGCUGUUUAUUUGUAGUUCGGGAGUGUGCGUUUGCUGGCCAUGCCGCCCAAGAGGCCCCCUCUCGAGCCCGUCUGCGAGGACGACCCGCCAGUAGCGGAGGACCUGCUUCGGCAGAUGACAGCUCUCUGCGCUUUAUUGUCGCAGCAGCUCCCCAGCAGCACGUCCGCCGCCCAGCCGGCCUCGGAACCCCCGCUACGCCUGAACCUGACGAUACCGACAUUUUCGGGCUACAGCGACGCCAAGUCCGUCGAAGAUUUUCUCGCGGCCCUGGAGGCUUACCAGACAGCCGUGGGAGCAACCGACGAAGCCGUCCUGCGCCGGAUACUACCCGCUGCAUUGGCCCCGAGCGAGGUCCCGCACUCCACGAGACCAACGAAGCCGAGCCCAGGGCCACGACGCCCGUCCGCCCUCUUAUGGUGCGACUCCUUGCAACCGCCCUACCUGUCACGUUGCGACCUGGACGGUUCUCCGAGGGGACACCAGUGUCUCCUUCGUAUCCCGCAGACGCUGACGCGACCAGGCCCGACCUCUUCGAGGGGACCCAGUUGCCCAGGUCCCCGAGCCCUUCCAAGGACUCACCCUCCAGGACAGACACCCUACUGAGCCGCCGGCCAUCUAUAGCCCGGAAGAGAGGCGUCGCCUCUGUCCUCUUUGUGGGGUGCCACAAGUCAGCCCGGAAGCUCAUCGGGCGGGGACUCUCCACCUCACCCGUGCGCAGCAGCAAGCAUCCGCAGCAACUCCCAUGCUUGGACUUCAAGACUUGGAAGCCGCAUUGGCCCUGGUGGGGCGCUACCAACCCCAUCUUCUCACCUGGACACCAGUUCGGGUCCGCCCGCAAGAUGAACGGAUUUUGGACCUCCCCGACUUCCCGGACAUCUAACUUUUUUUUGGGAGGGGAAGAUGUGGACGCCACAAGGGGGCGACGUAUCUGUACAGCAGGGAAGGGCGAGAGCCGUGACCCCCUCUCCCCGGAACUGCUUAAAAAGAAGCGAGCGCAGGAAAAAGACAGAGGUGUGUACGCCGCAGACUGGAGCUGAACUGCU